AUGAGCCAAACAAACUUUGUCUUUAUCAAUUCUAGUGAUCCCUUGAUGCCAAGUCAAGUUAUUAAUGAUGCGCAGCCAUUUAUCAAGCUCCCUUUUCCGCCUAUGAUAGAUCCACGUGAUCUUAUUACCUUAAACCCUGACGGUCGUGAACCAUCUAAGGCUCCUAAUGCUUUUAUUAUUUAUCGAAAGUUAUUUAUAAAGACAGCAAGAAAUGAAGGAUACUCCCUUCCAAUGUCUAUAAUUUCUUCCAUGGUUUCAAAAUCGUGGGAGAAAGAGUCCGAGAUAGUUAAAAAAGAAUAUAAAAGGAUCGCGAGAGAAGCAUUCUUAUAUAGGAGUGAAAUUUAUCCAAAGCCUAAACGUGAGGGGAAAAGGAAACAAUGGAACAUCGUCUCGUUUGAUCAAUCUAAUAAUAAUAAUAAAUUUCGAAAUGUCAAGUCUCAGAAAUCAGUUGAUAUGACUUUACAAUUACCUGCACAAAAUUUGUCUCCGUCAACUUCUGAAAGUGAACUUAAUUCUCCCGAACCUGCGGAUAAUUCUCCUAUCCUAAACAUGGAUUUAUUCGCCGAUUGGAAGAAUUAUUUAUACGCUAGCCCAAACCUAUCAAUCUAUAGUGACAAUGAAAAUUGUUCUCUCGAAAGUAAUGAAGUAUAUAAUUUUAAUAUUGAAAUUGAUUCUCCGUUACAAACCUUUUACAACCUUGAUUCACCAAUCCAAAUCGAGGAACAACAGUUUCAUGACAGUGCUGUCAAUGUUAAAGAUGUCACUUUACCAUUAUUCUUCGAUAACCAAAUCGGACUCGGGAUUUCCAAUCCUGAAUAUUUGACCAAUAUUGGCGGUAUUCCUUCAAACGACUUCUACGACGAUCAAUUAACUUCCCUUAAUUUCCUAGACUUCUUAUCAAUACCCACGGAUUUUAAUAAUAUCAUAUCGCCCUAUGGUGAAAU